UACGACGCAACCGGCCCCUCAUCUGGACAAUGUUCAUGUGGUUUUUGGAAGAGUUGUAAGUGGAGUUGAUGUAGUUAGACAAAUAGAGGCGCUUCCAGUCGAUGCAAAUAGUAGACCAUUACAAGAUACUAAGAUUGUAAAAUGCGGAGAACUAAUUAAGCAAGUUAGAGCUAAGAAGGAUAAAAAGAAGAGUUCCAAUGGGGAACAUGAAGAGGAAGAUAGGAAGCCGAAAAAAAAAAAUAAGAAGGAGAAGAAAAAAGAUAAAGACAAAAAACAUAACAAUAAACAUUGUGCAAAGUCUGAUGAAGAAGAGGGGGAAGUCAUAGAACCUCAUCCCUUAGUUACUGUCACAAAUAUCAAUCUAGAAGAUAUACCUGAAGUUCCAAAAAAUAAGUUUUUGAUGAGAGGUGGCGAUAAAAAAGAAAAUGAAAAGGAUGAGAGGAAACAUGUCAAGAAAGAUACUGAAAGAGAGAAAGGGGUUCAUGACCGGGUUAGGAGGGAGUGGGGUGGUAGCUAUAGUAGACGAGGUAGACCUAUGACAACCAAGAGUGGUAGAAUGAUCAAGGGACGAGGAAAGUUUAGAUUCAGAACUCCAUCCAGAAGCCGAUCAAGAAGUGUAACUCCUAUUCAUUGGCGUAAAGAAGAAUCAAGAGUGAUUAAACUUUCAGAGUUUGAAAAAUUAGAAGCCGAGCGUAAACGUCUCGAACUCAAGAAGACUACUAAGGGGAACCGAAAACUUUCUCAAGAAAGAAGUGGUACUCCGGACAUUUCUAGCAAUAAGUCCUUCACUCCGCAAAUGAAGUGUCCCAAAGACAAAGGGGUUGAUUACAAUGCUCUCGAUUACGAGGGUCAAAGUGAAGAAGAAAAUGAUGUAACUAAAAAAUUAAUACCCAGUUUGGUACAAUAUCCAUUGCCAGGAGCUUACAACGCGUUUAAAACAGAGGAGGAAGUUCAUAAUGAGAUGAAACUGGUUGAACAAGAGCAUCGCGAAACUGAAGCUAUCAAUAAGCGAUCAGAUUUUCUAGCUAUGGCUUUAGGUGUUCAGAUAAAGACUGGUGAAGACCCUCUGACUGGUGAAAUGAAAAUGAGUGGUUUCAAUAAACAGCAGCAAAAUAGAAACAGUAAGUUUGCAUCCAAUAACCGUUUUACUAAGGUCAGUAUGCGCCUUCUGAAACUGGCAGGGCACGAAAAUGUUCAAUUGCCACCACAACUUCCAAGCAAAAUUGAGGAAAAACGGGGAAGAAAUAAAUUUGAGACUGAAAAGCCUGUACAAAGUGAAAAUCGUACUCAUAGAAACGGCAGAUUUGAAAAAGUCAAACGAAGAAAUGAUAGGGACCAGAAGGUAGAAUGUAGAAAAGUUGAAAGCCGUUUGGAGGAUCAUCGCAAGAUAUGUAGAGAAAAUGAACGGCGAUUAGAACAUAAUCGUAAACUAGAUAAAAGGGACAUAGAAGCAAAAGAUACAGAUAGAACAGGCAGGGAAAGAGAAAGAGGAAGACGACGAACACCAAGAAGGUCAAGAUCUAAGAAGAGAUGUCACAAAUCACAUUCUCGCUCGAGAAGGUCUAAAAGUAAUGAAAGAUCGAGAAAACGAUCUAGAUCUGAAACGAAAGAGGCCACACCUAAAAGUCAACAGGAAAAAGAAAAGGAACCUAUUUUACGAAUUGACAGAGACGCAGAAGAUAAAUAUAGAAAGUUACUGAUAUUGAGAAAAAAGAUGGAAUUGUUGGAACUGAAGAAACAAGAAGAACAGAGAUUAAUGGAAGAAAAACAGAGAAAAGCAAAAGAAGAAAGUGAAAUGUUGGAAAAAGCUAAAAAAGCGAAAAGAGAAGCAUUUGAGAAAGAAAAAUUGCUGAAAACUUAUAAAGUUCUGCGUGAAUUAGAUGGAAAGAAAGAUUCAAAAUCCAAAAAGAGAUUCAGCUCAACAAGUAGUAGCAGUAGUUCUGACAGUGAUCACUCAAGGGGGCGUAAAAGAAGAUCCAGAUCCAGAUCUAACAAGAGAAAGAGGUCUUCGAGUGGUUCAAGAAGUAAAUCAAGGGAAAAACAUUAUUCAUCAAGAAGACACCGUAGAUAAUUUUGAAUGUUCAUAAACGUUGUUUCCAGUUUAUUGAUCCAUAUAUAAGAUGUAUAAGUUUAAAUUUUCAAUAAAAGUGAUCUACUUCAUUA